GAUGGGAUGUAAAUGUUGGGUUGAGUUGAGUGUGAUGUGUGCCGGCUGCUUAGAGCCACUCGUGACCCAUCAGUGAUUCAGUGGCUGGCGGCCAGUAGAGUUAUCUCCCACUCUCCCACCACUCAUACCUACCUCACCUACACGCUUGCAUUCUGAAAGUGAGUAGUGUCAGCCAUUGAAGUGCUGGUGUGUGAGGAUGAGGACGUGGGUGGUGGUGGCACUGACGGUGGCACUGACGGUGGCACCCUCUCUGGCCUUCCAGCCUCGACGCAUCAUGUUUGCUCGCUGCACAGCAGAAGAGAAGAUGCCCCGGGCAGUGUUCAUGACGUGUGCCAACCGUCGUGGUGUGUGUGAGGUGAGGGUAGGCAAUACCCAUAAUCUGCAAGCAGUCUUUUUAUCAGACACGAAUGCGACUGAUGUGGACUCAUACGUUCGCUGGAACUCGUGGUUCGAGGUGCCACUGCCGGGACAGGAGCGGAAUGCCUGUGAUGGCAGCCUACGCUGCCCAGUCAUCAAAGGUCACGUUACACGUUUCACCUACUCCCUUGACAUCCAGGAUUUCUGGCCUAGGGAUGAAUACCCUGUGAUAUGGACACUGAGUGACAGGAACACCGAUGAAUCGCUUGUGUGCUUCAAAUUCAAGAUCAAUAUUGUGUAGAGCAGCAGCUGCCACCUCAGCACCGCCUGGUUGUCUGCAUGAUAGCCAUCCUGCCAGUGCUGGUCUUGACCUCACUUGCUUAAAUUUAAAGCCAUUACCUCUUAAACGUCGUAAGACAACAAGAUAAAAAAAGUAAAUGAGAUAGGGUUAGAAUAUUAUGUGAAGAAAUCAUUAUUAUUACAUUCAUAAAGAAAUGAUAAACCCAUUGGUGUCAUAGUGCCUGGGGAACAGGAGGUAAUUUAGUUUGAUUCAAGGAAGGGUAGCUCCAAUUCCUUGGAUUAAGAGCCCUUUCCUAGCCAAGGCCUCCUUUCCCUGUAGGGUUGUUCAAAAUACUAUACUAUAUGGCAUAUAACAGGGUGCUAAUCCCACAGGAGUCAUACAGUGCCUGGAGGAAUGGGAGACAUUUAAGUUCAAUCCAAGGAAGGGGAGGGUAGGUCUAUUUCCAUAGAGCAAGAAAUAGAUUGUCUGGCUAGGCAUAAAGCCAAUUGAAACUUCAUGUAUAUAUUAUACAGAAUAGUAAUUAUGUUUAACUCUUAUGGUACCAGUGACAUAUUCUAUGCUGCAUUAUAGUAUUAUCCUUUACACAGCUACUAGGCUAUCUCAACUUUCACCUGACAAACUGAUAUUACUGAAAUAGGUAUCAAUCUUAUCUCUUUUGUAUUCAGAGUAAAGUUUUGCAUAGGUACAGUUUUGUACCUUAAACAUUCCUAACUCCCAUUGUUCAAUAUAAGAAAAUGAUUUAGUUUGGGUUUCUCUCCAGUUUUUUUCUUAAAUGCAGUAAAUCUGUAUGAUUUAGAUACAAAUUUUAAAGAAAGUUUGCCUAUAGGUUGCAUUUGGGUCAUUUAGGCAAGAUUUUACCUGUACACUAACAAAAAUACUUUCAUCCUAAAAUAGGAGUUAAAAUAAGCAGUGUAUUUACACAACUGUACAUACAUAUGUUGUGUAUCUUUAUAUGUUUAUGCUUCUAGACUGUUGUAUUCUGAGCACCUCUGCAAAAACAGUGAUAAUGUGCGAGUGUGGUGAAAGUGUUGAAUGAUGAUGAAAGUAUUUUCUUUUUGGGGAUUUUCUUUCUUUUUUGGGUCACCCUGCCUCGGUGGGAGACGGCCGACUUGUUGAAAAAAAAAAAAAAAAAAAAACAUACAUCUUUUGGUGCAUGUACAGUGAUGUACAGUAUAUAAUUUAAAAAUUUUGUAUGAAGUAAUGUUUUAUGAAAAUGUAGAAUGUAUCUUUUUAUAGUAAAAUUGAAUUAAGACAAAA